AUGAAUCUGCUGCGCUGUGAACUCGCUUCCCUGAUGUGCAUGCUGGUGUUCCAGUGGCUGUUAGGACUCGAGUGCGAGACCACGGAUGAUCGCCUACCGGACAGCAGCAAGCAAGGAAGGACAUGCUGUGGUUGUGUUAACGGUCGGGUUGAGCCCACUUUCUCGCAAGGCACAAAGAUAGGCUAUACAGGCUAUCCAUUGGGACUGGCGUCUGCUAUAUUUUGGUACGACGCUAUCGAUGAAGUCUCUCAGAGUCUCAUCGGCGCGCUCGUUCCCAGCAACGAGGGCAAGGGCAACCGUGUGGUUCUGGCCCCAUGUCAAGAGUGUCUGCAGGCACAGUUCUACCGCAGUCCCCGCGUCCUGCGUGUGCAAAGCGCGCGCGUUGGCCUCUCUCGCGUGUGUCGGUACCGGUGGGUAAAUCACGUUCGCCUUGGCACACGCGCUCCCAACGAAGCCGUGCUCAUGGUUUCCAUCGACACUUACGGCAGAGAGAAGACGUCUCGUGCAAUUGACUUGUGGAUGCGGCACCGAGGGUGGUCUUUCUCGAGUGCUGGUUUGAGAAAGAGGGAGAAAUACUAUCGAGCAGGGGCGGAACUGACGUCAAGUGAGCAUCCGAUCAGCGCUAUCGAUCAAUGUUGGGUGAUUGCCUUUCCCCAGCUACGCGAACGAAAUCUACUCACGCCCAGUACCGAAUUAGCCUCCGUGCUUCCCAGUGGCGUUAAGAGAUGCCGUAUCAUCGCACAUCUAGCGAAUCCAUCCAGAACAUCCAGCGAGCGACCACUCACAUAG